GCCAUCUUGAAAUGCUUGAGCCCACUACUAAACUGGACUAGAGUUCUAUAUUUCAGAGAAAUAUCCGAGCCCACCGCACACGGACAAUGGCUCACGUUUUGCGGCCGCUAAUUCUGUGGCCUCGGUGGCGCCACCGUCCCCCGCCGUUCUAUCAUGUGCUCAGCCUUCACUCGUCUUUAGCUCGCGCUUCAACUCGCCUUCAGUUCUUCUCCUUCUUCUCCACCUCGUAUCGCGAAGUCCAUUUCAGCUCGCGCGCUCUUAAAUUGCGUGACUUUCCUCCGCCCUCUGAUGUUAAUGAGAGCGACGAUGAGUCCUCCUCUGACAGCAUCGGAACGAAGAAGAGCCGGAACGAGAGGAAGCGCGAGGCGCGACGCGCCGUACGCUGGGGUAUGGAGCUGGCCAGCUUCUCUCCCCCUCAAAUCAAACGCAUUCUUCGAGUGGCUGCUCUUGAGCAAGAGGUGUUUGAUGCUCUUAUGUUAGUGAAGAGACUAGCCCGUGAUGUUCGAGAGGGAAAGCGAAGACAAUUUAAUUAUAUUGGAAGACUACUCCGGGAAGUGGAGCCUGAGCUAAUGGAUGGCUUAAUUCAGGCCACAAAAGAUGGGGACCAGAGUAAGUUUCAAGAUUUGUCAGGCUCAGAAACAUUGGUCAUUGAUAAUGAAGAAGAGGGAGAAGAAGAAAUUGCAGAAGAGGACACAGAAGAGGAUUCCAUGGACAUUGCUGUCGUAAACAGAUGGUAUGAUGGCCUGAUCAAUAAGGACAUUAGCAUUACCAACGAAAUUUAUUCACUUCAAGAAGUUGAAUUUGAUCGUCAGGAGCUCCGACAAUUGGUUAGGAAUGUGCAAUCCACCCUACAACUCGAAUCCAGUUUAGAGGAAAAUGGAAAACCAGAUGCGGCUGCUGCGAGUGCUAGAAGAUCUCUCACUCAAUUUCUCCGAGGUCUUGCCGAGCAACUUCCAGCUGCAUAAAUAGAUGAUGGCUAGGUUGGGGAAGGUCUCCACAGACGACAAACAGACAGAUGACACUUACGGCAAGAGGUCAGUUGUCUUGAAUGAAAAAUACAGAUGCCAAUACGCCACAAAAUUCAACUUCAUUAUCUCCGACAACGACGUCCGUCUUGUUAUGCCCACAGGCUUCCUUCUUGCAUCAUCCAAGCUCAUGAGUGUUAGAAAAAUAGCCCAUCUCUAUAAACGUCAAUUGUGUUUGGCACUUUCUAGCGUGAUGUUCUCUGUUGAAAAAGUUGUGGUGAUUGACGAAAACCGUCUGAAUUAUUGAAUUCUGUCGAGAAAACUGUAUGAGACACGAUGACUAAUUCUCCCCCUCGUGUGAAUAUUCCUACAUCUUCUAAUCCUUUGACGUCAAUUUAGGCAAGAAUGUCCACUAGCUCAACCUUGUCCUUCCCGAAUUACAAAUUCACAGCCAAAUUU